AUGAAUGGCCUUUCCACUGAGUAUAUCAAUUCUUGUGCCCGGCAGUUAGGGGCCAAGAGACUGCGUUUCGAACUGCCUUGGGAACAGAGCCCUUUGGAUGACAUUUUGUCUUCAGGCAAGAAAUCUACAAUUCAGAAGCCAGAUUGGGUUGAAUUUCCAGUUCAAUUAUGGGGCCCUGUCUCUACGGCGAACAAGCCGACCAGGUUGGACAGGUACAAUGCUCGCACCCAUUUGUCAGACAUAUCAUGGGUGGCCGUUGAGAACAAGAAGCACAACUUGGCCUUGCAGUGCUGGAAGGUGAUCGUGUUGGACAGCACCAGCCACACAGCUCUUGGCCAGUUGCUGAUGCGUUGCAUUGAACUGGGAAAGUCAGAAGACUACAUCUGGCAGGUGGUGGCUGACGCAUUCAGUCAAAAGGCAACCUCAACCUUGAAAUCAAGAGCGGCGUCACUCCUGGCGUUUGGACGUUGGAAGAGAGCUACUGCUGCGGGACAGCCCCAGGGUAUCUUCCCGUUGACAGAAGAGCAAGCCUAUGACUAUUUAGUGGCUGGACAAAAGGUUGAAAGCAGGUCUCCAGGCCUCAAUGGUGAGACCAACCAUGCCGGCUCCAACAGCUGGAGGGGAGUGGACGAGACUGCCUUUGACCGCAUCGGAGGGAAGGCUGAAAUUUUCUUUCCAGAUGCGCCUCGUUCACGUCGUUGGAAGGGAGCUCAGACCUUAGUGGAUGCUGUCAAACUUGCUUCAGCCGCAUUUGCACCAGACUUGCAUCAACCUGUUGUCAGUCAUAGUGAGCCUGUUUGUGAUGAAUUUGGGACUGGACUUGGAGACCAGAACAGUGACAGCGUGACUGGUUUUGAAGUGGCCGGUGAACCACACGUUUUGCCUGGGCCCUACUCGGAACAGAAUCUGGGUUUUGGUUUUGGAGAUGGUUUCAAUGAUGACAUGACUCUUGAAGAACUCAAGUUUUACAGAACAGAAGAUCUUUCAAACGGAGGUGAAGCCCCCAUUGCUAACCAGGACAGUGACAUCAGUGACAUCUCGAGUGAUGACAGUUCUUCAGUUGAUGACGAUUGCGAUUCAGUUGAUCUUGAGAGACAAGCAGAACUGGAUGGAGAGAGCAAUGCUCGAGACCUGGUGGCGCCCUCAGAUCUGGCUGGCAAGAAAUGUGUUCGACAUGUGAAGUCCAAGAAGCUGCACUUCAUUGAAAGAGUUUGUGAAGGCCAACAGUUUUUUCGUUGCGGUAGGAAAUGCAAUGCCAAUUAUGAACAUGUAGAGACUGUACCUGCCUUUGCUGCACAUGGUUAUAUGAUGUGUUUUGGAUGGAGCGCAUCGAAAGACAGCUCCGACUCGGGCGACUGA